AUGCUUAUUAUAUUGUGUACAUUAGGCCCUAAUCAAUUUGGUAGAUAUACUAAUCAUUUCUACACUACCUCUCCAGAUGAGAUUGGAACUACCUUCCCUGGUCAAAUAGGUAAACAUGGUUACAGGAGCGAAGGAAUUGCUGCUUACAUUUAUACUGAUCCACCACUGCUUGUAGCUCCAGCUGUUGUUCCACUUUACCGAUAUUACCAUGGAAAAAUACAUGAUCAUUUAUAUACGUCAGACUUCAACGAGUUAGCAUGUGGAGAAGGAAACCCUGAUGGUUAUAACUAUGAAGGCAUUCAAGGAUAUUGCUUCAAAUAUUCCUUGCCUGGCAUCAAUCGCCCUUUGUACCGAUACUAUAGUGAUAAUGCUAUGGAUCAUUUUUACACAACAAAUGAAGCUGAGAUUGGAACAACAACCAUUGGAGUUACAGGGAAGCAUGGUUAUAUAUCUGAAGGUAUGACCUGCUACGUUGCUUAAUGGAACCAUUGAAACUGGCACAAACACUAGUAGAGAAACAUAUUUUCUUUAUUUUUUUGUAACGUCACAAUGAGUUUUUAUGCAUGAGAAUAAGAGGAAAAAA